AUGGUAUCAGAGCUCAUGAUGAUUCAUGGAGACAUCUUGAACAAAACAAAGAUGGUGAGUCAAGAAGAUUUGCCGAUGAAGAAGGCCAAGGUCAGAGAAACCAAGGCAACAGUACAAGAAAGUAACAAGAACGAGAAGUUGGAGAAAAAGAUGAAGAUGGUGAAUCAAGGAGAUUCAGCAAUGGAGAAAGCCAAGGUCAAAGUAACUGAGGCAACAGUACAAGAUUAUAACAAGAACAAGAAAGAAGAAGAAAAUCAUGUGUUCACAGCAAGACAAGAAGGUGACGAAGCAAACAAGGAAGAUGUUUUGCUCAUAGAUAGUGGGUGCACAAAUCAUAUAACACCAAACAAGAAAGCUUUUGUCAACCUCAACACAAGUAUAAGAGUUCCCAUAAAAGUCGGAAAUGGAGCUGUACUAAUAUCAGAAGGCAAAGGAGAUACUGAGGUCAUAACCAAGAAAGGGAAAAGAAUCAUAAGAGAUGUGUUUUUAGUUCCCAAACUUGGGAAGAACCUUCUUAGUGUUCCACAGAUGAUAACUAAUGGAUACAAGGUUACUUUUGAAGAAAGCAAAUGCAUCAUACAUGACAGUGCUGGAAGAAAAAUAGGAGUGAUCCCAAUGGUAAACAAGAGUUUCCAUAUCAGAUAG